AUGUUUCUCCAAAUUCUCACCUCCCUCAUCCUCUCCCUCCCUCUCACCCAUGCUAUCUCUGGCACAGGCAAAUCCACACGAUACUGGGACUGCUGCAAACCGUCCUGUUCCUGGCCCAGCAAAGCGAACGUUACGAAUCCAGUCUCAACAUGCGAUAAAUCCAGCAACAUCCUGACUGAUGCAAGUACCAAGUCUGGGUGUGAUAGCGGGACAGCGUAUAUGUGUGCGAACCAGAUCCCGUGGUCGGUUAAUAGCGCAUUGAGUUAUGGUUUUGCUGCUACGGCGUUAAGUGGGCAGAAAGAGAGCGAUUGGUGUUGUGGGUGCUAUGCUGUUACCUUCACGUCCGGCAAAGCCAAAGGCAAAACCAUGCUUAUCCAAUCCACAAAUACAGGCGGUGAUCUUGCGGACAAUCAAUUCGAUAUCGCAAUGCCGGGUGGUGGGCUCGGGAUCUUCGACGGCUGUUCUUCGCAAUUUGGAGGCUUGGGUGGAAGUAGGUAUGGCGGUGUUUCGAAUAGAUCCGAUUGCGACAGCUUCCCCCCAGCCCUUAAGCCCGGCUGCCAAUGGCGCUUCGACUGGUUCAAUAACGCAGACAACCCCACGCAUCAAUUCACCCAGAUCCGCUGCCCUUCGGAACUCGUCAGUAAAACUAACUGUCGUCGCCUCGACGACGAUAAAUUCCCGAUCUACACACCCACGGUUUCUGUCUGGGCAAGUCCGACGCCGACUGUAGUGGCCAAGCAGUGGGAGCAGUGUGAUAGUUUGUUGUGGGAUGCGCAAGCGGCAUGUCCGUCUGGGACGAAGUGUGUUAGAGUUACUGACUGUGAGUUUUUCUUUUCUUUCUGA